AUGACAUUUUUUCUCUUUAACAAAGUAAAAGUUACAUUCCGUUAUUAUUAUCCUUUAAUUGUUAAAUAAUAAUUUUAACAGAUAUAUAUAUAUAUAUUUUUUUUUUCUUUGCCAAAAAGAGAGUGCAUUUUGGUAAUGUUAUCCCUGUUCUUGCAGCUUUUAUUCUGGCAGCUAUUCGAAAUUCAGAAUGGUUUCCAAGAAUUUCGUGAUAUCACUGGGCCAUUCGGAAUAUUCGCUGCUCGCGAGGAACUCCUCGGAAUGCAAAAUACGCCUAUCGGGCUGAAAAAGGGGCAAGGUAAGAUAGGUGGCGAGUCAAGGUAGUCGUCGACUCGUUAAGGACAAGGUUAGGAAGUGGCGCACGGCAUGCAGAUCAGCUCAUCGAGCCCCUGUUGGAUCCGUUCUAGCCAGCCAGUCUGAAAAACUUGGUCGUUCCUUUCGGGCCGGAGUUAAAUAUUAAAUGCUCGAAAAGCGGUGGUGCGAAAUUGAAAGGCUUGAGCGUGGAAAGGCUAAAUGGAGAAUCCUCGGGAAUGAAGGGUCGAGAAAAAGGAAAUCGUCGGCGGGCGAUCGCUGA